GGGGGGGGUGGUCGUCUGAGAUCCUGUCUCUUUAAACGGGAGCGCGCAGGGAGCUGAGCCCGGCUGCUGGAGCCGGCCAUGGGGGUGAGGAUGGAGCCGUCCCGGCCUCUGGCGCGGCUGCCCGGCGCUCGCCGCCUCUUUGCCCCCCUCCAGGUUUUCCUGCUGCUCUUGCUGCAGCCUGGGGCGAGCUGGGGCAAAUACGUGAAAGGCAACAUCAGCACCAAAGAGGACUGGGUAUUCCUGACUCGCUUCUGCUUCCUGUCGGACUAUGGGCGCUUGGACUUCCGAUUCCGCUACCCAGAGGCGAAAUGCUGUGAAAACAUCCUCCUUUAUUUCGAUGAUCCUUCUCAGUGGCCGGCGGUCUAUAAAAAGGGAAAUAAGGAUUGUUUGAUGAAGGAGUCUGUGAUCCGCCCAGAGAACAACCAGGUGAUCAAUCUGACAACCCAGUACGCCUGGUCGGGAUGCCAGCUGGUGACCGAGAGUUCCGUGAGGUAUCUGAGCUGUGCGAGUGGCCGGAGUUUUCGCUCAGUCCGGGAGCGCUGGUGGUAUGUGGCUCUCAGCAAGUGCGGGGGCGACGGGCUCGAACUGGAGUACGAGAUGAUCCUGACCAAUGGCAAAUCCUUCUGGACGCGCCACUUUUCGGCUGACGAAUUUGGCAUCCUAGAGACGGACAUCACGUUCCUGCUCAUCUUUAUCCUGAUCCUCGUCAUUUCCUGCUACUUUGGCUAUCUGUUGAAGGGACGGCAGCUUCUCCACACCACGUACAAGAUGUUUAUGACUGCAGCUGGGGUAGAGGUGCUGAGUCUAAUGUUCUUCUGCAUCUACUGGGGCCAGUACGCAAGUGACGGUAUCGGUAACGGCAGCCUCAAGAUCCUGGCCAAGCUCCUCUUCUCCGUCAGUUUCCUGAUCUUCCUCCUGAUGCUCAUACUGCUGGGAAAGGGAUUUACAGUCACCAGGGGUCGGAUCAGCCACACGGGUUCUAUCAAGCUCUCGGUGUACAUGACCCUCUACACGAUCACACACGUUGUGCUCUUCAUCUAUGAGGCGGAGUUCUUUGACCAAGCGCAGGUGCUGUACACUUACGAGUCACCGGCUGGGUACGGCCUGAUCGCUUUACAGUUCGUGGCUUACAUCUGGUUCUGCUAUGCCAUCCUGAUCACGCUCAAGCAGUUCCCAGAGAAGCAGCCCUUCUACGUCCCCUUCUUUGCAGCCUACACCCUCUGGUUCUUUGCGGUCCCCGUCACUGCACUUAUCGCCAACUUCGGCAUCCCCAAGUGGGCGCGGGAGAAAAUCGUCAAUGGCAUCCAGUUGGGCAUCCACCUGUACGCCCACGCGGUCUUUCUGAUUAUGACCCGUCCCUCGGCAGCCAACAAGAACUUCCCUUACCAUGUGCGGACGUCGCAGAUCGGGAUAGUGGAGGAGGCAGCCGCCGGGGCAAAGUUCCCCCACCACGUGUACGGCAACGUCACCUUCAUCAGCGACUCAGUGCCAAACUUCACAGAGCUCUUCUCCAUUCCUCAGAGCACGGGGAGCAGCAGCACCAGCAACCCUCGCAAACAAGUGGAGGAGACAUCAUCCGCCGACCGCACCCUGACCCCCAGCUGCGUGGUCACCACCUCAGAGCUCAGCGGGGCCCCCAUGCUGUUGAAACCUUCCGUGGGCGGCGAGAGCCAGCCGCCCCCUUACCAGCUCCACGCACCCCAACUCCACCAGCACAACGGCUACACCGAAUAUUUUAGCAUGCACACAACCGGUGCUCGGCCUGUGUAGGGGUGGGGGGGGGGCGGUCUUCUGAUUCCCAUUUUGUGGCUUCCCCGCUUCCCAUCCCAGGUUUCUCCUCUGAUAUUCCCUUUUCCACCCCCCCCCCCGGCUUCCUGUACACCCUCUUACAUUCUGACAUAUCAGAUGGGCUAUACAUUUCCACAGGGGUGGAAUUCUAGGAGGAGCUCCUUUGCAUAUUAGGCCACACCCCCAUGAUAUAACCAAUCCUCCAAGAGUUUACAGGGCUCUUAGUACAGGGCCUACUAUAAGCUCUUGGAGGAUUGGCUACAUCAAAGGGUGUGGCCUAAUAUGCAAAGGAACUGCUAGAAUUCUUCCCCUGCAACUCCCUGAUAAUGGAAUGGAACCACCUCUUUUCUUAGAAUGUGGAGAAGCCGUACAUAAAAGGAAUCAGUCCUUCUUUUUACAAUCUCCCCUGCUCACUCAAUGACAGAAGGAACAAAUCCUCACCUAGUUAGUUAUGUAAAGGAUGCCCUGAACCAUGUCUCUCUUGUCUUUUUUGCAUGGGACAGCCUGAAGCUUCUUAGCCUUGGGGUUGGUUUCACUGGAGGGGGGGAAACCAGGGGCUGUGGCUCAGUGGAAGAACCUCACCUUUGCCCGCAGAAGGUCCCAGGUUCAAUCCCCGGCAUCUCCAUUUAAAAGGACCAGGCAGGGGGCGAUGGGAAAGCCGUCUGCUCGAGACCCCGGAAAGCCGCUGCCGGCCUGAGUAGGCAAUACUGACCCUUAUGGACUGAUGUUUUGACUCAGUAUAAGGCAGCCUCACAUGUCACGGGUCCAGAUGAACACGGGAAGUGGGUCUGUUUUGUCUCUCCCCAGCAGACAGGGGCAGGCUUCCCCCAACCCCCAAUCCCUGCUUCAGCCAGAGAGAGAGACCUGCUUCUCAGCUGGCGUUUCCCUGUAGCGAAUCUGACUCAAAGGAAGGCCUGUGGAACCUUCGCCAUGGUUGAACAGUCUUCCUUUUUGAACGCAGACGUAAAGGUGUGUCCCAAGUUUUUUCAGUAUCCCUCCCUUCCGUGCUCUACUCUACGAUGGCAGUGCCCUAGGAAUUGCCCUUGAUCCCUUGGGCGAUGGCACCGCCCCGGCCCCCUUUCCCGUGACGGUGCUGUGGGUUCCUUCCCCUGAUGACGGUGAUUUUCUGAAAUCCACCGGAGUGGGUCGUUUUUUUGUUUUUGCCAAAAUAAAAAGAGGAUUCUUGUGUUUCUAUCUCAU